AUGGAUGACACCAUACGAGCAAAUGACGUUCUUGAGGCAAAGGCGAGAUUUGAGGCGAUGGGAACUCUUUCGGGACUCUUUGAUGCGGAGAUGGUCAAACUUGAACGUCAUCUCUCUACAAUUGUCUUCGCCGAUUUCCCACUCUCGCGAGCUUCUUUCACGCUUGGGAUCAUCUCUCUUCUGAGCAGCCUCAUUGCAAUCGGUUUUGGCGUCGGGCUGAUCUAUGUUCUUGGUGAUGUGCAUGGAAGCUCCAUUGUCAUGGUCGAUGACCGACAUCCAUUUCUUCACCUCUUUGCGCUAUCCAUACCUGAAGUAUGGGCAUUCAUCAGUUUCGGGACAUUCUUCGCAGACAUAAGUGUCAUUGUCUGGGAGGCUGGAGUCACAGCAGCAGCAGUCGCCCUCGUCGCACACCUUGUCGCCUUUGGCUUCCUCUUCCGCGAACAAGACACAACACAGUUCCUCAUACCAGACGAACCUGUCUUCACCACAGAGGAAAUUACAGAACCAAAAGAGGCAACGAAAUCUGACGAGCCACCUCUAUCUGACUCAUCGUUGUCUUAUUCGAAGGAACUGUUGGGAGGCGGGCUACAAUCUAGUCCUAAGGAGCUCGAAUACAAUUGA